CCUGUGUGUGAUUGGUGUUUCAGUUUUCUGCUGGUGUUGAGCUGCUUGGUGUUGUCUGUGUUCUCCACCAUCCCAGACCACCAAAAGUUUGCCAACCAAGGUCUUUUCAUCCUGGAGUUUGUCAUGAUUGUGGUGUUUGGGUUGGAGUACUUCAUCAGGAUCUGGGCGGCUGGCUGUUGCUGCAGAUACCGUGGAUGGCAGGGACGGCUGAGAUUUGCCAGGAAGCCCUUCUGUGUCAUAGACUUCAUAGUAUUUGUGGCAUCAUUGGCAGUGAUAGCAGCAGGGACGCAGGGCAACAUCUUUGCCACGUCAGCACUGCGCAGCAUGCGUUUCCUGCAGAUCUUGCGUAUGGUUCGUAUGGACCGAAGGGGAGGCACCUGGAAACUAUUGGGCUCAGUGGUUUACGCUCACAGCAAGGAGUUGAUUACAGCCUGGUACAUAGGUUUCCUGGUCCUUAUCUUUGCCUCUUUCCUGGUCUACCUGGCAGAGAAAGACAUCAACUCAGACUUCAACACCUAUGCAGACUCCCUCUGGUGGGGGACUAUAACUCUAACCACUAUUGGCUAUGGUGAUAAGACCCCUCGCACCUGGCAGGGACGGCUCCUAGCUGCCGGCUUCGCUCUUCUGGGAGUCUCCUUCUUUGCCCUGCCUGCUGGAAUUCUGGGCUCGGGCUUUGCUUUGAAGGUUCAGGAGCAGCACCGGCAGAAGCAUUUUGAGAAGAGGAGGAUGCCUGCUGCCAACCUGAUACAGGCUGCGUGGCGUCUCUACUCUACAGAUGCUAAGCACUCCUAUCUAACAGCUACAUGGUACUUCUAUGACAGCAUGUUGCCUUCAUUCAGAGAACUGACGCUACUGUUCAGUCACCUCCAGCGACAGCGUAACACCAAGAAGGUUCUCCACAACUCCUACCACACGCUGCUGUCUGGGCUUCGGCCCUACAGCGCCCCCUACCUGUCUGGGGACAGCGGUAAAAUGGGCUUCCGGGAUCGGAUCAGGAUGAACAAUUCCCGAUCAUCCCAAAACAUUCGGAACAAGGCAUCGCCGCUGCCCCCGGGCUCCAACGUCCGCCACUCUCCCAGCCAGGAGAAUGUCCCUGAAGCCACCAGCCCGGGGAAGGUCCAGAAGAGCUGGAGCUUCAAUGACCGCACACGCUUUCGCACCUCCCUUCGCCUCAAACCACGUCCACCCGCUGAUGUGGAGGGGGUUGGGGAGGACAGCGUGGAAGACAAACCAUAUUGUGACGUGGCCAUGGAGGACGUAAUCCCAGCAGUAAAGACACUCAUACGGGCUGUCAGGUGAGACCUCCCAUCAACAGUACAUUAGUCAUACCUACAGUAGAGAUCGUUUGCUGUACACAUAUGGUGGUCCUUCUUUAACCCUGUAAUGGUCCUACCCAGUAAAAGCAAUGGAAAAAUAAUUUUUAGUUCCUUUGGGCACUAACAAUAACUUUUCUUCCCUCAACUGAGCCUCUACCAACAUGUCCAUCUACAGUAAUAAGUAUAACAAAAAAACUGAGUUAUUGUGCUUAAAUUAAUCUUUGAUAAUUCAUUAUUACCGAUACUAUAAGUUUCACCCUGGAUAUACCUCAUC